GCCAUGUUUUUCUAUCAUGGUCUCCCUAAUCUAAUGCAUUCUUCGACUUAAAGUUUAGACAUAAAUUGAGUAUAGUUAUGAUUCACGUAAUCCUUUUUCUUGUGUACAAUUUUAAUAGAAUAACAUAUUAUGGAUGCGUUUGUUUAUAACCUUUUUAGCCUAUUUUAACAAAUAUCGUGAAAAAAACUAGACAUAUGUUGAAGUAAAUCACAUUUUAUUAAAAUUCAAACAACAAUUUUGAAUUGUGAUAGCUUUCACCUCGGUUUAUUCGUUUGAAAUUUUAAUUAGUUAUAAAAUAUUUUUAUGAUGUAUAAUAAUUAUAUAUUUUUAUGUUGGGUUGGGUUUUUACUUAAAAAUAUCGCCAACCCGACCCAACCCAAUUAGAAACAAUCCGUAGGGUUUUAAUUUUUUUGGGUGGGUUUGGGUUUGAUAAUUUCCAAACCGUAGUGCAUGGAUCGGGUGAUUAAAAUGGUUAAACCCGAACCACCCGACCCAUGUACACCCCUAGUCUUGGGCUCCAUAAUUUGACCACUUAUAAUUAGCCCACUUUAACAAAUAAUUAAUACAAUUAUUAUCCCAUAAACCACAGCCCACAUCACGUGGAACAUAUAUUUCCAACAGGAGAUCAUUGUACCAAAUUUUUAUAAUGACUGAAACAUAAUUUUCCCCCCAAAAUAUCAGGACACAGGUGUAUCGAUUAACAUACCUCUCCUUAGUCCCUAACCUAGGUACACUCCUGCCUAAUCAGGUGUCAAUCUACCAUGAAGGUGAUUGAUUAGCUGUAAUUAGUUUUGUUGAUGAUUGCUGACGGUUUCUUUUGACGGAAGUGUUAGUUAGUUGGCUAACAAAUAGUUUAUAGGUCUCAAUCGUCUAACACUGGUGGACAUUGGUUGAUGCAUUCCAUAACUAGAUCGAAUUGAUAUAAGAUCGGACAAAAAAAUAAAAGAAAAAUGAGGAUCAAAACUUAGACCAAAAAUAUGUUUGGUUCAUUUUGUUCAUUUAAUCCGAUUCAAAAUCAAUUUUGAUCCAUUCUUUUUAAUACUUAAUAUAAUUCGUAAGUCCAAAAUCGAUUGAAAUAUAUUCAAUUCGAUCCGAUUUGGUCCGAUUCGGUCCUGUUUCUGUGUGAACCGGAUUGUGGCGUGGCCACCCCUAAACACAAAGGCCUUAGUUAUUUAACUUUCACUAGAAGUGGACUAAUUUAGCAAUAAAUUAAAAUAAGAGAAGCAAAAUAGCAUCUUUCGCUAUCUGCCGAUUGCCUUCAGUUUGGAAGUUGUUCCGAGGCGAGCUGAAGUGAACCCCACCCUAAAAAAUUCUCCACUCCUUCCAAAUAAAACCUCCAAUCCGCCGCCGACCACCGUCCUCCGCCGUCCUGGUUCGUCGCUUCAUUGACUGAUUCCUCGAGCUCCACCCUCCGUCGCCGCCUACGCGGCGUCCCCGCCUCCGCUACCCAGCUCCCGUUUACACUCCGGUCGCCCUCUCCUCUUUCCGCUGCUAAUUAAAUGCCGCGGUAAUUAAAUGCCGCCACUCCUUUCCGUUCGCCACGUUCUAGGAAAGUAAACUUCAUUGGCUAAGUCUGAUUACUGCAAAGAUUGGUCUGUGAGCUUCCAUUCUUGAUGAUGAACUUACAAAGCCACUGGCAACAUAUUCCUGAACUCAGAACUAUUAGAACGAAACAAAGUUUUCUUUCAUUGUUUAAUCUCUCAAUUCCCCUUCGAGUUAAUUGAGGUUUUCUCACAAAUUCCCCUUCAUUGCUGUACAUUUCAACCGAAUGCCUAAAAGCCUUACAUUUCCUGGAAUGCUGUAUCAGGGGAAGCACAUUCAUAACUGCUUAAUCUAGGGUCUAAUCGCCAUCGGAUCGACUGCGAGGAACACUUUCAUUCUGUCCAGAUGCACCGUCGCCUGGCGAUAUUUGCUUAUAGUCGCAGCUUUCAUUUCCCUACCACUCGAGUUACAGGUACAUUACUAUACACUUCUGCUGCUCGUCCCUUGAAUCAGAAGAGUUUUGCUUUGGCUCUAUGUCGGUUACUAUCCUAUACUCCACCUCACCACCGACGGCCCCCUGACCCUGACGACCCAUCCAACCUGAUGAGAGAAGAUGGUGUCUCGGUUUGCUCCCGAAUGUGGAUCGAGAACUUCCGUGAACCGGACAAAACAGUCACCAACUUGACCUCUUAUCUACGUCGGUUUGAGUUGUGGGUUCUAGCUUAUCAGAAAGUUUGUGCUGAUGAAAUUGGGACCUAUGUACCUCGUAGUGCUAUUCAGAGGUCAGCAUUGGAGGAUUUGCUUGUGCUUAGAAAUGCUGUUCUGGAUGGUAGAUUCAAGUGGGGGGCUAGGUUGGAUUUCUUCAUCAAAUCUCCAAAGGAUAAGACUGAUUAUGCCUCCUUGUCCAAGAGGAAGAUCAAGGCGAUUCUCACCACCACGCAGCCUGCAGCUUUCCAGGAUAAGAUAGUUCAGGAGGUUUUGUUCUUGAUACUGGAGCCUGUUUAUGAAUCCAGAUUUUCGCAGAAGUCAUUUGCAUUUCGACCCGGGAGGACUGCUCAUACUGUGUUGAGGGUGAUUAGGAGGAGUUUUGCAGGGUACUUAUGGUACUUGAAGGGAGACUUGAGCACGGUUUUGGAUGGAAUGAAGGAUAGCUUUGUAAUAGGAGCAUUGAUGAGGGAUGUGAGGGAUAAGAAGAUAGUUGAUCUGGUCAAGUCUGCUUUGACCACACCGGUAAUCAAAACUGCAGUAGAGCCACCAAAGAAGAAGACAAAGAGAAAGCACCAGAAGAAGAGGGUUCUGGCAGAGGAUGAGCCAAAGCCGGAUCCAUAUUGGCUAGACACAUUUUUUGGGUUUGCACCAGAAGAAGCUGAGAAACAACCUUCAUGGGGCCACUGUGGGAUUCUUAGUCCUCUACUAGCUAACAUUUGUCUAGACGAGUUGGAUCGAUGGGUGGAGGGUAAGAUCAAGGAUUACUAUUCCCCUUCGAAGAGUGACGUGAUAUGGAAUAACCCAGAAGGGGAAGCGGAACAAGGCAAUACUUCUUGGCCAGAAUUUGUGCCGACUAGUGGCCCUGAUAAGACCAGGAAAAUGGACUAUGUUCGUUAUGGUGGCCAUAUCUUGAUCGGUGUCAGGGGUCCCAGAGCAGAUGCAGCCACAUUGAGAAAGCAGUUGGUCGAAUUUGUCGAUCAGAAGUACAUGCUGAAGCUCGACAAUGACAGUCUUCCAAUUGAACACAUAACAAAGGGGAUCAUGUUUCUCGACCAUGUUCUAUGCAGGAGAGUUGUGUACCCCACACUUAGAUAUACCGCGACAGGAGGCAAGAUCAUCAGCGAAAAGGGCGUGGGGACUCUUCUAUCUGUCACUGCCAGCUUGAAGCAAUGCAUCAAGCAGUUUAGAAAGCUUCAGUUUUUGAAAGGAGAUCGAGAUCCGGACCCACAGCCUUGUUUUCGUAUGUUCCAUGCCACACAAGCUCAUACCAAUGCUCAGAUGAACAAGUUCUUGUCGACCAUGGUGGAGUGGUAUAGGUAUGCCGACAACAGAAAAAAGAUCGUCAACUUCUGCUCCUACAUUUUAAGAGGUUCGCUAGCAAAACUGUACGCUGCUAAGUACAAGCUCAGGUCGCGUGCUAAGGUGUACAAGAUUGGUGCUCGGAAUCUCAGUCGUCCUUUAAAAGAGAAGAAAGGGUCUUCGCCCGAGUACCAUAAUUUGCUGAGGAUGGGGCUCGUGGAGUCCAUCGAUGGACUACAGUACACUCGAAUGUCUCUCGUUCCUGAAACCGAUUACUCCCCAUUCCCAAAUAACUGGAGGCCCGAUCACGAGAAGGCUUUGCUCGAGUUCAUAAGCCUCGACGAUCCCCAGAGAUUGGAGGAUCAGCGGUCCCUGAUUAGUGAACAAGGUCUGAUCUCGCCUCAGGAUUACAUCUCGAUGCUCGUGUGGAACUACAAGAGGAAUGCUCUUCCCUUGGAUCACCAGCUCUCCAUUGCUUCAACAGUUAGCAACACAGAAAAAGAGCAAACUUUACUGUCUGGUACAGAAGAUCAGGCGAGCACAGAAGAACAAAUGGAGCAUGGGACGACUAGGCUUAUGGCUGCACAAAUGUAAAACCGACGAUCUUUUCCAUCUUCAGCUGAUGCAACUUGAGUAAGUGACUAGGACUGCCUGCUUGAGUUCCAUUUUUUUUUUUUUUGUAUAUAUGAACAUGCUAUUGAGUUUCAGGCAGACCACAGGAGGGUUCAUUUCACUCUCAAAAGCUGUUAUACAAUGUGUUGUACUGCUAAAUGCUAUUAGUCUUUAUGCUAGAAAGUCAGCCUGUGAGGCGGUGAUAGCUAACCAAUUUUGACCUUUCCAGCAUUGAAAUGAAAGAACCAGUUGCUU